CUGGAGGAUGUGAACUCACCGUCGUCCUUCAGGACUUCACGGCCGGAUGCAGCACCGAGAUGUCGGUCAGCACCGGUCAGACGGUGGAGCUGCUGGAGCGACCCAGCGAGCGACCCGGCUGGUGUCUGGUCAGAACCACCGACCGAAGCCCCCCACAGGAGGGACUGGUUCCCAGCUCCGCGCUCUGCGUGUCGCACUCGCGCUCCAGCGUGGAGAUGGACUGCUUCUUCGGCUCCGGGAAAGAGAACUACCCGGUCGGCAGCUCCGAUGGGAAGACGGAGUCGGUGGCGAACCUGCAGCCUCAGCCGUCGCUCAGCUCGCUGCAGUCCAGCUCUCCGGGUCCCAAACGCUCAGGAAACACUCUGAGGAAGUGGCUGACCAGUCCGGUCCGCCGCCUCAGCCACGGCAGCUCCGUCAAGAAGCUCCCCAACAGCAAGCAGAAGAAGACAGGCGCCUCAGAGUCAAGAUGUGCUCCUCCUCUGCAGACCCUGGAACCAGGAGCCUACCCCGGCUUCUCCUCGCUGUCUCCCCCAGAACAAACCACUCCGGUCCAGCCGAGGAACCCCGAGCUGGAGCAGAGAGCCAAAGCUAUGAGAGGACGCAUGUUUGUUCUGAACGAGCUGAUUCAGACGGAGAAGGACUACGUCAAGGACCUGGGCAUCGUGGUGGAGGGUUUCAUGAAGCGCAUCGAGGAAAAGGGCGUCCCGGACGACAUGAAAGGAAAAGACAAGAUUGUGUUCGGGAACAUCCACCAGAUCUACGACUGGCACAGAGACUUCUUCGUCGGCGAGCUGGAGAAAUGUCUGGAAGACCACGAACAUCUUCCUGAACUCUUCAUCAAACACGAGAGGAGGCUCCACAUGUACGUGGUUUACUGUCAGAACAAACCAAAGUCCGAGUUCAUCGUAGCCGAAUACGACACGUACUUCGACGGGAUCCAGCAGGACAUCCAGUCCAGGUUGACCAUCAGUGACUUUCUCAUCAAACCCAUCCAGAGAAUCACAAAAUACCAGCUUCUGCUGAAGGACUUCCUGAAGUACAGCUCCAAGGCCGGGAUGGACUGUGAGCAGAUUGAGAAAGCCGUCGAUUUGAUGUCUCAGGUCCCCAAACUGUGCAACGACAUGAUGAACCUGGGCCGGCUGCAGGGAUACGAGGGCAAGCUGACCAGUCAGGGCAAGCUGCUGCAGCAGGAAACCUUCUUCGUGACGGAGCAGGACGCCGGCGUCCUGUCCAGGUCCAAGGAGCGCCGGGUUUUCCUCUUCGAGCAGAUCGUCAUCUUCAGCGAGCUGCUGAGGAAAGGUUCGUCCACACCGGGGUACCAGUUCAAGAAGAGCAUCAAGGUGUCCUACCUGGGCCUGGAGGACAGCGUGGACAACGACCCCUGUAAGUUCGUCCUGUCGUCUCGCGGUUCGUCAGAGCGCUUCACGCUGCAGGCCGCCAACGUCGACAUCAAGCAGGUCUGGGUCCGACACAUCCAGGAGGUUCUGGACGCCCAGAGCAACUUCCUGUCAGCGCUGCAGUCUCCCAUCGAGUACCAGAAGGAGAAGAGCUCCUCGCUGACCAGGAACCGCUCGUCUUCGGAGAACCGACCGUCCAUGUCGUCGCACAGCCGGCCGUCCUCGGCGGUCGGCCUCGGAGACAAGGACUCUGAGAGGGGGAGGAGCCAGAUGAAAGUGUCGACCUCCAACGGUGGCUCGACGUGCUUUGAGUCCAGGGAGGCCGGGGGCGGCGGCUGUAACGGCGUCUCGUCCACCAUGCUGGUGUCUCAGGACUACUCGGCGCUGAAGGAGAACGAGAUCUGUGUGAGUCAGGGCGAGACGGUCCAGAUUCUGGCCACCAACCAGCAGAACAUGUACCUGGUGUACCGGCCGGCCAACAGCCAAUCGCCGGCCGCCGAGGGCUGGGUGCCGGGCCACGUGCUGGGCCCGCCCACCAAGCCCAUAAAAGACUCGUCGUCCACUUCCUCCUUCCCGGCGGCGGUGGCGGACGCCAACAACAUCAAGAAGUCUCUGUCGUGGAACACGCUGCGUGCCAGGAAGCGCGCCGAGGCCAAGGACGUGUCGGCGGCGCUGGCGGCGGCGGGGGUCAGAGGUCAAGAGAACGGCCUCCUCCGUAAGAGCAAAGACGCCGCCGCCGGCCCCCCUCCCCCGCUCGCCUCGCCCGCCCCCCCGCCGAAGGGCAAAGACGUCCACACGUCGGACGAGUCGGACUGCGACGACGACCUCGACCCGAAAACAGGAAUGGAGUUUGAACUUUGGUCUGUUUUCCAGCUUCUGAACCCGAACUUCAUCCAAGAAGUGGCUCCAGAGUUCCUGGUUCCUCUGUCCGACGUGGUCUGUGCGUUUGGGGAGACGGUGGUUCUCUGCUGUAAGGUCUGCGGUCGACCCAAACCCUCGGUGACCCUGAAGGGUCCGGACCAGAACCCGGUGACCAGCAACAGCCGCUUCACCAUCGACAUCAGGGACACCGGCGACAUCCUGCUGAAGGUCUGUAACCUGAUGCCCCAGGACACGGGGAUCUACACCUGCGUCGCCGUCAACGACCACGGCUCCGCCUCCUCCUCCGCCUCCAUCAAAGUUCAAGGUGAGCUCCACCUUCAUCUGCAGCGUGAAGUCACGACAACAUGUAUCCCAGCAGCCCCGGGCCGGCCGGUGGCCCAGGAGGCCAGCGGCACGGCGGUGAUGGUCCACUGGCCGCCGCCGGCUUCAUCGGCUCACAGCGCCGUCAGCAGCUACACCCCGGAGAACAUCCUGGUGGAGCUCCACUCGCCGACGCCCAGCAUCAAGCUCAUCGACCUGGGAGACGCCGUCCAGCUGUCGGCCCACCGCCGCUACGUCCACCUCCUGCUGGGGAACCCGGAGUUCGCAGCACCCGAGCUGAUCCGCGGCACGCCCGUCUCCGUGGCGACAGACGUGUGGAGCGUGGGCGUGCUGGCGUACGUGAUGCUCAGCGGCGUCUCUCCAUUUCUGGACGAGUCUCCGGAGGAAACCUGCGUCAACAUCUGCCGCCUGGACUUCUGCUUCCCGGACGAGUACUUCCGGGACGUGAGCCAGGCGGCGAAGGACUUCGUGUCGUCGGCGCUGCAGCAGGAUCCCAGGAAGAGGCCCAGCGCCACUUCCUGUCUGCAGCACCCGUGGGUGGGCCGUGGCGGCGCGCACGGCGGCGAGUACUCGAAGACGCCGCUGGACACGACGCGCUUGGCCACGUUCAUCGACCGGAGACGGCAGCUGCACGACGUCCGGCCCAUCACCAACAUCAAGGGGCUGGUGAGCAGCAGCAUGGGCAACACACUGUGACCCGACGCCCAGCGGUCCGGACUGUCGGCGGUCGGAAAGGUGCCUGAUUCCUUCCUGCGGUGCAACAUCUCAUCAACUCCUGCAAACAAACCCACGGCUGCAGAGGAUUUAUUUAUUUAUUCUGCUGAUGUUUAAUUUGUUCUUUAAUCACAGAGUUUCAACAGAAGCAGCCGUGAAAACCCAAAGAGACCCGACGUGGAGACAAACUGCUGGACUGUAUCUAUCGUAGCUUUCUUUUUGCAGAAGUGCUGUUUGCAUGGAUUGGCGUCUCCAACCAGGUUCAGCUGAACAGGAGGUUAACACGAGCAAACCCAUACUCGGUCCCGUUUGUUUUCCAUGUAUGACGUAGGAUCCACCAGAGAGACCACAGCUGAGCAUAGAAGCAGCUCUAAGGGGUAGAGGUCCGCUAUGUUGGCCCGUAUACUGAAUGUUGUUGAUGUUAGAGAGGUUCUGUAGCCGGAUGAAAACAUCCAGAGGUCAGAACAAAAAAGAUGCUUGUUGUCUCCGCUGAGUUUAACCAAUCAGAGACCCCCACGGUCGCGUUUCAGGGUCUCCAAUGAAAACAGUCCUUAAAGAGGUUCUGGAGGAGCAGCUCUUGGUGCUCAAAGGCCCGGUCCGCCCUAAAGCAGCCUGAACGGUUCCUGCAGUGGAAAACGCUCCAGAGACUGUAAACUAAAGAUGGACGUAGCCACCGUGACGCCACCUACUGGGUCAACGGUUCAAGUUUUGGAUUUGGUCGACGCAAAUUGGCGUUUAGGAUCCAGAUGCAGAGAACGUGAGGAUCUGGACCUGGUUCCUACAACUUUAGAUGCUUUCUCCUAAAUGGGAAGAUAAGUUGAUUAAUAGCCACCCUGCUGUAUUAAAGGAGACUUGGAACCAGCAACUGAGACCGUAAAUUGAUGAAGCGUUACAAUCGGACUUCCAGAGGAGUCGCCCCCUUGUGGCUGUUAGACAGAAUGCAGGUUUAAGGUUUAGGCGUCCAUCACUUAUUUACAGUUUAUGGCUAACAUACAGGAAAGGAGGCCUCGUCCACACUGACACGGAGGGUUUUCACAAUAAAUAUCUUCUUCUUUAAGUUAAAAAGAAUCCGUCCACAUGAUUUUCCAAAAUGUCAAAAAUUUAGAAAUGACUCCAAACACUCCGAUAAACACAAAUACAGCAACAACACAGAAAACCAGAGACGGACAUUCUGUCAUUUCACUGUUUGUGUAGAUGUUCAACCACAGGCGCUGUAGACCAGCUAACACUGGACACAGCAGAGACUUUGGUUAGCUUGUGAACCUGCUAUUGCUAAUGCUAACAUGUCCGCCAUUGUUGUUGUUUCAGUCACAAAGCAACAACGAGUAAAACAAAAUCUGUGCUGCAGUGACCUGAAACACUAUUUUGGAAGAUGAGGACCGAACGUCGAGGAAAAUGUUCCGUAUUAGCGUGAACGAGGCCUAAGAGCUGCUAAAAGUGGAACAAACUGGUCUGGUCUGGUCUAAUUUGGAUUAAUGAGGCUAACGAUGUCAGACUUUUUAUCCGGAGCGACAGACUGAGCUCAGGGUUUGAUAUCUUCAGCCUUUAGGGUUUGUUGUUGGGGGUUUGGUGCCCAACGAGGCUCAAUAUUAGCAAGAAAAAUGCGAAGACGUGUUACAUCCCAGCUCUGCUAGGCUACAAACUCAAAUCUGUAAGACCUGCUAGCAGCUUGGUGUUUGUCUGGACCUGCUAGCUGGUGGUUACUGGUUGGUUAGUGUAACGAGACGCUGGUUUGCUGGAGAUCGGGCCGGGCUUUUUCCAAAACAAACAGUUAGCAGUUCGUAUGUUAGCCACACGCAGAUGCUGCCUUUAAUUUUCACCAAGUUGGAGCGCUGUUAGCCGUCGUUUAUCUUUGUUUCAGUCAUUGAUUUAGCAACGCCCACAGACCCUGGUUUACGUCACAGCUUCCUCAGUUUUUGUCCUGUGGUUAUUCACGGUUUUGCUGGACAACAUUUGAGCGUUGACAUGUUUCCUCUUAGCGAGCUGGGCUGUAACAUAUUUGGGGGCUCGUCCGGGAUCAAAAGUUUUGAUUCUGUCUUCACGACAACGUUAGAGAACACAAGCUGAAGGAUUUUAGUGUAAAAACUUCCCUCGAGAGAGCAACGGAUGGUCUGUUAAAUGUUUUUUUUUUUUCCACAUAUGAUGAACUGGAAACCUGAACUUCUUCUUGACUGAUGUUGGUUCGAUCCUCCAACAAACCUGGAUGUAAAAAAAAAAAGUCUUCUUGGACUUGUGGAUGGUCUCAGUGAAACACCUGUACACUGGAGCAAACCGCCCUGAUGGACUGAACCGGAGCUUUUCUACGCUACACCUUUAAUUUAUUGACUGUUAAUUUAUUUCAGGACUGAGCCCCGUGAAAUCAGCAACGUUUAGGGAUCUGAACGAUGGACUGCUGGUGCUGACGCCCGACCUGCGAUGAACUGGGUUGAAACGGGGAGACAUAGCUUCAGCUGCUGUAGAAAACCCUGCUGGAGUUUAGGCUGGAUUCCUGAACAUGACGAAGGACGCCGCGGAGACCGAGAGUGUGUUUGAAGGAGUCACCGUUUGUUCGUAUCACUGUUUACAAGUACUUUGUCCAAAAACAUGGGUAGGUAGUUUACAGAGCAGUAGCAUAAUCAGGGAGAACCUGCAUGUAACGUCACCAGGGACGGUUUAGAAAUCAGGUUAGAAGAAAACCUGUGACAUUUAUUGUGAAGGCGGGAAAUGAAACCCGCCUUUGUUUUUGUUUCGUCCACCAGCCGCCGCCGGGUUCAGAAUCGCUCGGCUUGUAAACGGCGGCUGGCGGGCCGGCGUUUACUGUCCUGUUUCUACUGAUGAAUGUACUUUCUUGUAGAAUGUGUUCAUGCCAUCACAAGUGCUGUCCUCCGCUUUCACCACACGCCCGUCUCAACAGUUCUGCAUCCCCGAUCUCUCUGUAAGCAUUUAGCAGUAGCAAGCAUUUAUUAUGUUCAUGCAGCCGGGAUGCAGAAUGGUUCCAAUGUACGCAUCCCGCUGCGCUGUAGAAGUCCAACAACGUCAUCCAUGCAAACCUGCAAGUGUAAAGCGAUUUAUCCAGGUGCCUCCGAGUGCUGUUUCAUCUGUUCCAUCCCCUCAGCUCGUCUGGUUUCUGCCUCAUUAUUUGAACUAAAAAGGCUGUGAAAGAA